AUGGACGAUUUCAAUAAUUUACCUCAUCCAAGUCAUACUGACGAUGAGCUUGAAUAUGCAGAUUUAGAUUAUAGUAAACACAAAGGAGUUAAUUUAGAUGAAGAUUAUGAAGAGGAUGAAUAUGCGAAUUUCAAACAUAAUAACAAUAAUUAUGAUGAUUAUGACGAAGAUGAAGAUGAAGAAGGAGAAAUACAAGACACAUAGAUUGAAGCUAACAAAAACACAAAUUUUAAAAUACAAAGUAGCUCUAGAUAGAAUAAGCUAAUGGAAGAAUAAAGCAUGAUAAAGCCAGCUACAGAUAAAUAGUUUCAGCUUAAAAGAUAUAUGAGAAUCAACAAUGUUGAUGAAGAUGAUUUUGAAGAGGGUGAAACUGAUGAUAAAAUAUUAAUCAACAAAGAUAGAUUCAAAAAAUAGCUUACUCCUGAAGAAUUAUUAAAAAAAGAAUCUAAGCUUUUUAAAAAAGAAUAGCUUUAGAAGAAAGUUAAGAUGGAGCAACAGUAAGGAUAUAGCAACAGAUUCCCAUAAAAUUUUAAUUUGAAUAAAAUGUAAUAAAAUUACCGUAAAGAAUAUGCUGAAGAGAAAAAAGAUCCAAGCAAGUUAGUCAGCAAAUCAAAAACAGUUUUGACUGAAGAUCUAACCUUUGAAGAAGCAGAACAGCUCUUAGAAGCUUGGAGAAAAUAAAACUUUGUAUAAUUCAACAACUGGAUAUAAGUUUCCAAAAGUAUUUUAAGAUAAGACUAUACUCCUCAUUAAAGCGGUUAUGAAGAGGAAAAUGAAAAGGGAUAAAUUACAGGAUUUAGCUGCAAUCUUACAUUAAAAUUUAAUUAUUUUAGACAUGGAAACAUUAGUGAUUUUGUUGCAGUUGGCUUUGGAAAAAGAAAAUAAGAUGCCAAAAGAAUGGCCUUGGAAAGAUUAGUAGUUGAUCUAAUCUAAACUGGUACAAUCAGACUCGGACUUAGAGAUAAAAAAUUUUUACACGAGCAACCCUAAGUUAUGCUAUAAAAAGAAAACAACUACUUAUAGUAGAUGGCUAAACCUAAACCAAGAAGUGAUUUUGAAGAAAAAAUACAAGAAUCUAAUCAUAAAAGAGCAAGAAAAUUAUCAAAGAAAUUGCAAGAUUAUUUAAGAAAAUAAAAUAUAGCAGAAGCCAUCAACUGUCUUAGAGAAAUAGGAAAAUUCAAAACUCUAGAAUGGAAUGAAAUUUCAUUUAUUUGGUCACAUGGUGUAAUUCAUUAAAAUGCUAUUCUCUUGUAGCAAAUAUUAGAUAUAAUCAAUAAGAAACCUGUGGGAGAAACUUCUAUAGAAUCUAAUAUGUAAGGUUAGUUUAUGAGGCAACAAGAAGAAGUUUAAACAAGCAAAGAUUUUGUUUAAAAAUAUGAUGAAGACAGAGUUAAAUAAAAAUUAUUUUUAAAUUAUGGUAUUACAAGAUAGAAGGCAUGUAAUCCUCAUGAUAUAUACGACUUGAAUUCUAUUGAGUUUUCAGAAAAAGAAAUACUAACAAGCGGUCUUCCUCCAUAUAAUGAUGAUGAAUUCAACAAAGAAUUAGUGAGAGAUCCUUUUGUUAGAGAUUUGCAAGACAUCUUAGUCCCAUUAAGUAAUAAUGAAACCAUAGCUGACAAUACUCCACUUAGAACAGUCUAUGAAAUGGCAUAAAAAUGGCCUAUGAGACACUCUGAUGUUCUCUUUGAUGACUCAGAUGAGAAGUAUAUAGAUGAUGAAGAAGACGAUCUAUUUGUCAAUAAAGUUCAACCUAAGCUUAAAUUCUUAAAAGAUUAUGAUAUGAAUAGCCAAAAUUAUCAGAAAAUUGCAGAAUCAAUUUUUGGUAAAAAGGGUUUUGCAAAGAGGGAGAACUCAAUACCAGCAGUAUUACUUGAUGAAUUAUAUGAAACUCUUCUUUAUUCAGGUGAUAAAUAAUUCUCUUUAGAAAUUGCAGAAAAAAUAUACACCUAGCUGCAACUUGAAACAUCAGGGUUUGUCCAUGAAAGCUCUGCAGAUUAUUAUGCUUAAAAAAAGAAUAUGAUUAUAUCAGAAGCUAUUGAUUGCAUGUAUGAAUCAAUACAAAGUAGAAAUCCUAUUGAAUAUCUGUGCAAUAUAAAUGGUAAAAUCGAGAAAAUAGGAACUGCACACUGCUAUGAUGUUGUAGCAGUUACUCCUCUAGAAACCUAAGAGUGCAUAGAUUAAAAGCUUCUUAAAAAAUGCAAGUAUGAUGUUAGAGAAACCCACCAUAUGAUAGUCGAGGGAGAUAUUGUUAUUCUUACUACUUUCUUCCGUCCAAGUUAUGACAAGCCUGUCCUUGAUGACAAUAUUUCUAAAUUAGCUCUUUACAUUAACUAAAGAGCUAAAUCUGCCAAGGAUAAUAGAGACUUUAUCCACAAUAUCACUGAAUUCGGUAAUGUUGUUGAGUUUGCACUUAUUGGUUAAGUAAGAGAAAUGACUAAGGAUUCUAAAAUGAAGGUUUUUAUUUGUCCAACUUAUGAUUAAUCUAAGAGCAUUUCUUUCGAUUCUUAACGUUAAUGGAAAAUAACUAAGAUUUUCUCUAGAACUCAACAUGAACGUAUGCAAGAUGCCCUAAGAGUAUUUUGUUUCGAAAGCAGAUCUGCUCAUCCUGCUAUUAUGCACACUAUUUGCACUCCUCCUGGAUAAACCUCUCACAUAAUAAAAAGGCUGUCAAAUCAAGAAUAAUACAAAGCAACAAAUACUAAGACAUAGCUAAAUGCAGAAUAAUAGCUAGCUGUUGAAAAGGCUGCCCUAAAUAGAAUAACUAUUGUUUAAGGACCUCCUGGAAGUGGUAAAACUACUGCAGCAGUUGAAAUAGUAUUAGAAUGGCUAAGAGCAUCAAACUAACCGAUUUUAGUAACAGCUGAAUCAUAAGGAACAGUCAACAUUAUUUAUGGAGAGCUUAUUAAGGCUAAUGUUAAGGCAGUAACUAUUGGACCUGGUUUUGAAGAUCGUUUAGAUCAUAUUAAUGAGAUUAUCUCGAAGCCUGAUGGUCAUGAACCUAUUUAAAAGUUAACUUCAAAAGAUGGAAAGCACUUAGCUCCAAAACCCUAAGAAUAUAUCCCUAAUUCAAUGAAAUUCUUGAUUUUAAAGAAAAUGCUGAGAGAAGCUUAAGUUGUUUGCUGUACUUGCCAAACUGUAAUGGCAGAUUAUUUAAAAGGUUUGCAUUUUACAAGAGUAAUUAUUGAUGAAGCUAAUACUGUAUCAGAGCCUCUUUCUCUGAUUCCAAUUCAUAGACUAUGCAACUAACUUGUGUUAAUAGGAGAUCAUAUGUAAAGCUCUCCUAAAUCAUAAUCAAUGUUUGCUUAGUCAAAAGGUAUGUGUAUGAGUCUCUUUGAAAAAUUAAUUUCAUAAGGAUUCAAGCCUCACUUGUUGAAGACUCAAUAUAGGGUAGCUGCCAACUAAAUGAUCUUUUAAUCUAGAUAUUUCUACAACAAUAUGCUUGAAAAUGGUAUUGUUGAAGAAUUUAAACCAGAACUAAGAGGAUUCCCUUGGCCUAACCCUGCAAUUAAGUCCUGUGUUAUAUUUGUAAAGGGUUAAGAAUAAGCUACUCAACUUAUUGAAUAACUAUAAAAUCCUAAAGAGGCGGAGGUUGUAGUUGAAAUUCUUUUAAAUAUUUUGAAGGCUGGCUACAUUAAGUAGAGCGAUAUUGGUAUCGUGACAACCUUUGAUGAGCAAAAGAAAAGAAUAAGAUCAGAAAUCAACACCUAAGCAAAGAAACACCCUUCAAUGUUCAGUCUUACUAUUGAAGAAACUCUCAGAAUUACAAAGCAUUCAACACUGAUUGACAUUGAAACUGUCGAAAAAGCUAAUUUGAUGGACAAAGAAUUGAUUAUAUUCUCUCCUGUUAGAAGCAAUAAACAUGUAAAUACUUUAACAAAUUUCAUUUUUUAAUUAAAUUUAUUUGAAAAUGAUAUAUUAAUUGGAGCAUUUGCUUAAUUAAGAUAAUUAAGUGCUUUAACCUUUAAUUUUUUCAAUAAAAAUCAAUCUGAUUUUUAAAAAUAUUUCCUUCGGUUUCGAUUAAAAAAUUCCCAAAUCUUGCAUCCUUUGAUUAAGUCCUAGCAUAUUUUUUUAUAAACUAUUAUAGAAGGCUAUGGGCAUUUUAAGGGAUCCAAGACUUUUAAAUACAGUCUUGUGGAGUGGAAAGCGUGGUAUCAUAAUAAUUGCCGACAUAGACACACUAGGACAAGAUCCACACUGGAAAGAAUACUAUAAAUGGGCAAAAACAAACAAUCUAAUUUUAUAAUAUUUCAAAUGAAAAUCAUAUGCUUAAAUAUGAAAAAAAUAAUUAAAAUUUUAUUUAUUAAAAGCAAUUAUAUUAUAUAAAAUUCAAAAGAGUAAAUUUAGAGUGUAUUAUAAAUAUUAAUCUCAAUAUUUUAAAUAAUAUUCUUUACUAAAAUAUUUAUCUAAAAGAACUAUUUAUCAAAUAACAAAUUUAUAUGUUUAAACUGA